GGGUUGUGAAGGGUGAAGGAUCAUGUUUUAGUUUAGAAAAAGGAACAUUUCCAGUACUGUCAACUUCGUCAGAGCCCUUAAUGUCUUAUCUCACAGUGCAUCAGAGCUCAUAAAAUGUUUUCUCAGACAAUGUUCUUAUCUUUUAUUGUAUCAAGAGUAAUAAGAUAAAACCGAGUAAUCUCGGUGUGAAACCAAUCUCCCAGCAUUCAGAUUGAAGGCUAUAUUGUAUUACAUUACACUGCAGAAGUCAAGACAGAUUUGGGUCAUCCUACCCUUGUAACGCCCAGAAGAACAUGAUUUCACUUGGAAAGGCCAGUCAUUGCCUUUUAGGGAUGUCAUUUUGUGAGGACAUGACAUGACUGACCUGGAGGAUACAGUGAGUGUUUGGGUUCCAGCCAGACAGAAAAUAACUCUGCUGCUGUAGCCAUUCAGAUAGUAGAACAAGCCACUCAUUGUAGGUUAGGUCAACUCCUGUGUAAUUAUGUCUAUUUAUGUGUGCUGGUUUUGCAGUAAAAACAGGAACUGUCAGGGAUCUGACUCUUGUCUAGCUGUGGUGUGUGUCUAGUCUGUGCCUGGGUCUAUAUCAGGGUUGUCAAAUGGCCCGCGAGUCCCUUCAAUUCCAGCCGCAAGGUGGUUUGAGUAAGCCUUUCUUUAAAUAUUUUUUCCCCCGGGGAAAAAUUAUCUCAAUCGACAUGACUAAAACCAAAUAGAAAUGGUGUAGAAAUGACAAUGACCUACAUUUCUAGUCUCUUUACUCAGCCCAGCUUGCUAACAGUCAUCAAAACGAGGAGACUGUGAUCCUGUGUCUUCAUUCUCUGCUAUGAGGGGAAUUUCCCUCUUGUCAUUUCCACUCCCCCACUUAGUCCUCAGCUUCUCAUUCUAAGAAGGUUGCACUACAUGCUUUUUCUCUCCGACUUUCCUGAAGAAAUAGAGAAGAGUCAAAGAAUGAAGGAUUGAGAAUACAAAGAGAUAAGAAACGGGAAGGAUAGAGAGGUAAAAAAAAAUACAACUACUCCUACAGAGUUCCAGCAGUCUCCUAGGGAGGGAUGACCAAGCCUGACUCACUAGAAGAAACAGGCUUCCCUUUAACAGCAGUCAUGUGAGGAAGGAAGCAGGAAAUCCCCUCUUCCCCCUGCCUGGCCCCUUACAUGCUGUAUUAGAGCAGAGAGUUGUCUGCUGUCAGGCAGGACCAUAUGAUACUAAAUCACACAUGCUAAUGUAGUGUACUCACUCCCAUUACAUCAUAGAACUGCAUUAGUCUACACUGUGUAUUGUAGGCUAAACAAACACGCAUUAAAACGAACAAAUACAGUAUAAACUAUGUGUACCUUCAGGCACUAUAGGCUACUUUCUAUUAAUGCAGACUAAAUGAAAUACUCAGGAAUUUAAAGAACACAAAGAAACAAACCACUUUCAUAUCAUUUAAGCUACAUUAACACACACACAGCAUGCAGUAAUACUGUGAUGGGGAGGGGAGGGAGAUGGAGACAGUGGAGGGGGAGUGCUGAGAGAAACCCAGCCUCCUCCAUUCUACAGCACAUGAAGUGGUGCAGCCCGCCUCACACCCCUUAGCACCACGUGGUACACUCCAGACCAGUCAGAGGGAUUUAAAGGGAUUGUUUGUGUACAGAAAACCGGCCUAAUCCAGGAAGCAGCACAGGCACAGAGGCAGAGAGAAGGGGGGAUGCAGAGAAAAACAUACUCCGUGCAAAACGGGACCGAGUGAGAGAACUAAAGAGACAGUGAUAACAGACAAUCAGAGAGACCGAGAGAGAAGACACAGUGUAGCCUGCUGCUGCUGAAUGUGUGAGGGUGAGAGCAUACUCUGUCUCUCUCCCUCUCUCUCUUUGUCAUCACUCUCUCCACGUCCGUACCCUGUGUCUGUGGGGGAGGGAGCAGCAGCCGUCCUGUCCCGGGCCUGGUGACAUGUCCCAGCAUCCCACAGGAGCCCUCGCAAGCCCACCGCCACCUCCACCACGACCGUGAGAUCUGCGUGGUGUAGCAGGGCAGGACAAGUCCCUGAAGUCUCAGCGCUCCCUCCCUGGGACGCCCAUCACUAACACACUCAAACACUUCCCCAUCGACCUGCGUACAUCCAUGGACGGAAAGUACAAGGAGAUUGCCGAGGAGCUGUUCACGCGCAGCCUGACGGAGAGUGAGAUGCGCACCGCUCCUUAUGAGUUCCCUGAGGACAGCCCCAUCGAGCAGCUGGAGGAGCGACGCCAACGCCUGGAGAGGCAGAUCAGCCAGGACAUCAAGCUUGAGCCAGAGAUCCUGCUCCGCGCCAAGCAGGAGUUCAUGAAAAUCGACAGCGAUGCCGACCUGGAGUUGAUGAAUCAGGAGGGUGGUGUGGACAGGACGGAUGAUGGCUGGAUGAAGGAGAGAGUAUUACCGAUGGAGCGAGAGUACCAGCGCGUGUCAAUAUCAGGGGAGGAGAAGUGUGGGGUGCCCUUCACAGACCUGGUGGAUGCAGCUAAGUGUGUGGUGAAGGCCCUGUUCAUCAGGGAGAAGUACAUCGCUCUGUCUAUGCAGAACUUCUGUAAGACCACCGCCCGUGAGCUGGGGGAGCUGGGAGAGAAACCCCUGGACCUACGUGUCUAUGAGGAGAUCCCUGAGACCCCCGUUGAUGCAGAUGCUCCAGUCCACCCCCCUGUCUCAGAGACUCACCCCUAUGAAAACCAGGUCACCAAGAACAUGCCUGCAGACACAGGGUACAGCUGUAAGAUGGUGGAUGGGGUCAUGCAUGUCUACACCAAGAAGAGCCCCAUGGAGAAGAGUACAGAGUUGGACCUGCCCUACCCAGACCUGAAGGAGUACAUCGCUGACAUGAACGUCAUGAUGGCUCUCAUCAUCAACGGACCAGUGAAGUCGUUCUGCUACCGCCGGCUGCAGUACCUGAGCUCUAAGUUCCAGAUGCACAUUCUGCUGAACGAGAUGAAGGAGCUGGCAGCCCAGAAGCAGGUUCCUCACCGUGACUUUUACAACAUUCGCAAGGUGGACACCCACAUCCACGCUUCGUCCUGUAUGAACCAGAAGCACCUUCUGCGCUUUAUCAAGCGGGCCAUGAAGAAGUACCCUGGGGAGAUAGUCCACAUGGAGCACGGGCGGGGACAGACCCUCAUGGAGGUGUUUGAGAACAUGAACCUGACCGCCUUCGACCUGAGUGUGGACACACUGGACAUGCACGCGGACCGGAACACAUUCCAUCGCUUCGACAAGUUCAACGCCAAAUACAACCCCAUCGGAGAGUCCAUCCUGAGAGAGAUCUUCAUCAAGACAGACAACCACAUCGAGGGCAAAUACUUUGGCCACAUGAUCAAGGAGGUGAUGGCUGACCUAGAGGAGAGUAAGUACCAGAACGUGGAACUGCGCCUGUCCAUCUACGGCCGCUCCCGGGACGAGUGGGACAAGCUGGCCCAGUGGGCCGUCAAACACCAAGUCUACUCUGACAACGUGCGCUGGCUCAUCCAAGUGCCCCGCCUCUUUGAUGUGUACCGAACCAAGAAGCAGCUGGCCAACUUCCAGGAGAUGAUGGAGAACAUCUUCAUGCCUCUGUUUGAGGUCACCAUCAACCCCCGCAGCCACCCUGAGCUGCACCUCUUCCUGCAGCAUGUGGUGGGCUUUGACAGCGUGGAUGACGAGUCCAAGCCGGAGCACCACAUCUUCAACAUGGACAGCCCCCUGCCAGCCGACUGGACAGAGGAGGACAACCCUCCCUACUCCUACUACCUCUACUACACCUACGCCAACAUGACCGUGCUCAACCACCUGCGCAGGAGGCGUGGUUUCCACACGUUUGUGCUGCGCCCUCACUGCGGGGAGGCGGGACCUGUCCACCACCUGGUGUCGGGUUUCAUUCUGUCAGAGAACAUCUCCCAUGGGCUGCUGCUCAGGAAGGCCCCAGUGCUGCAGUACCUGUACUACCUGGCUCAGAUUGGCAUCGCCAUGUCCCCCCUGAGCAACAACAGCUUGUUCCUCAGCUACCACCGCAACCCCCUGCCUGAGUAUCUGUCCAGAGGCCUCAUGGUCUCUCUGUCCACUGACGACCCCCUACAGUUCCACUUUACCAAGGAGCCCCUGAUGGAGGAGUACAGCAUCGCCACACAGGUGUGGAAGCUGAGCUCCUGUGACAUGUGUGAGCUGGCCAGGAACAGCGUCCUCAUGAGCGGCUUCUCCCACAAGGCAAAGAGCUACUGGCUGGGGCCCAAAUACAGCAAGGAGGGCCCCGAGAGCAACGACAUCCGUCGCACCAACGUCCCAGACAUCCGCGUGGCAUACCGCAGUGAGACCCUGCUGGAGGAGCUCAACCUCAUCACCCACGCUGUGCGCACCAAGGAGAUGGACAACAUCGACGAGGAGGACACCCUCUCCAUGGCCGCCGUCGGGGCAGAAGGACACUAAAUCAACAACCCCACCCCGACUUCUAACCCCCCCUCGGCCCCUCCCUGCAUGACACUGAGGGGGUGCAGUAUGAGUGGACUCCAGCUUGUUGUUUAACCUCUACCUCUUACCCCCUUAUCCCCCUCCCACUAGGGAACUGGACUGUGCACUCGUCUCUCAGCUCUCUUGUACUAAAGCCAAGGAUACAAUGCUCCCUGAGUGUCCCCAUCUCUCUGUCGGUGAUGGGGGUGGUCAGUAUGGAGUCAUGUUCCAGUCCCCCCUUCUCCCUCAACCCAGGUUCCCUCUUCAACUCACUCUGGUUAGCCCCUGUUUUUCCUCUCUACUUCUUUUGACUCCUCCCUAUCUAUCUCAUUCUCACUGUGAGAUUUCAAUCAGCAUGGUCAAGGUUGGCAGGGGUAACAUCCAGUGCUUGGAUUAUUUUCUUUUUUUCACCUCAUCUGUUCUUCAAUCAGUUCCUGGAUCACUUUCUCUGUUACUUUGAUCUCCUGACCCUCCAUAUCUUCAAACCAAAACUUCUGCCCUUUGCUUUGUCAUGUGACCCUGCAUGGGAAAAAGGGUCCCACAGUUCAGCCUGUGAUUUGUUGGCAUGUUUGUACCCAUCACCUGUAUUACACACACACACACACACACCUGCACAGUUUAGCCGUCCUGAAAGCUGCUUAUCUUCCAUCACACAGUCAUGCUGCCUGAAGCUCAUCUAGUUUAAAAUCUUCACAAUGAACUAGGGAAGCAGAUACAACUCAACAUAAAUAUUAUGAGGGCAUUGUCCAUGGGUCGCCUAACCUACACAACAUGGACACACUUAAACAAUGCAUAGGUGAAUGUUCCACACUACAUUGUUCCAACACCCGUUGCGCACUGAUAGGAACAGUCACAUGUAACUUAGAGUUUCAUGGAAACCGCGGUAACAAACUUCUAAUGUAUGGACGUACUGAGUUAAGAAAAAUGGAGAAAGGACCAAAUCUGUGUGGUCUAGAAGCAGAAGUCGUGCACAAUUCCAGUCUGUCUGCUGCUGGGUAUCUGAUGGCUUUCAUCCGUCUCUGUGCUUCCGGCAGGUUGAAGUGAUUUAUUCGCUAAACGAGUCCUCUCGGCCGGUCUCUCUGAAUGAAAUAGCAGGCAGGACAUUCAGCAGAGAAACGGUAGCAGCCAUCAGGGCAUGGAGCUGUGUUCCUGGCUGGUCUAGUGCAAACAUUCCAUUAAAUGAACAUUAACAUCAAUGUUAUUUUUAUUUAACAAAUCACAUUAGUUAUAGAAUAUGCAGACAAAAAGAGUAGAUUUAUACUAUUCCAUGAUGUGUACAAUAUACUAAAUAUCUAAAAAGGAUAUAGGUACGUGUGUAUAUCUAAAGAAGAGGUACAUGUGUGUAUAUCUAAAGAAGAGGUACAUGUGUGUAUAUCUAAAGAAGAGGUACAUGUGUGUAUAUCUAAAGAAGAGGUACAUGUGUGUAUAUCUAAAGAAGAGGUACAUGUGUGUAUAUCUAAAGAAGAGGUACAUGUGUGUAUAUCUAAAGAAGAGGUGUGUAUAUCUAAAGAAAAGAUAUCAGUCUGUGGUAGAGUGGAUGCUUAGAGGUGUGUAUGAUAAGAGAUGUUAAACCACAGCGUGUUUUCCAAGCACAAGAAGAAUGUCAGGGAGGCUCCCCUGUCCCCUACCAUUACCUCAACACUCACUGUGUCUGUGGACUGACCUCUGGGCCCACUAUGUUGGUUAUUAGUUAUUGCAUGUAGUGAGUGCCCUGUAUGCACCAAACCAGACUUACCAGGUGAAGACCUUACCACUGCUAGCCUGUCACUCUCCGUUUUCAUGCCCUGCUGCCACGCCUCACUCCUCAUCAACAACAACCACAACACCUGUCCUCUUCAAGCUUAAGCAUUUUUGCUGUCCUAACAUCAAGGAACUGAUACCAGGCUGCGUGCUGUUUGUUAAAGUAUUUAUCCUUUAUCUACCCAGGCCUUCCAGUGAAGUGGAAGAAGCGUUUUUAGCAAUGCUCUGCUUUGACUGCAUUUCCACUGUGCAUCUUAUGUUGUGCAUGCCUGCAUGGACCACUGUGUGGCCACAGGAGUGUCUGGGAAGCUGUUUAAAGUGGUCUGUAAUGUGAAAAAGCAACACAUGACAAUCCAAGGAAGCUGAACAACUGUCAUGUAUGAAGUAUGUGUGAAGUCAAUGAUUGUUGUUAGUUUGAGUUCUGCAAAACAAACUCAAAUCCAGCUCAUCACUAUGGCAACGCUCAAACCAUGCAGAGACAUAGUUGCUUGGUUGUUAUCAGCAUCAAAUGAACUCACCCCCAUCACAGUCAUGGUUUUCGUGGUCACCAAAACAGAUGUGAUCUGUACCAUAGAGAUCCUAUUCUAAUUCCUAAUUCUAUUUCUGUAAAUUCAUCCCCAUCUCACCCAACGAGCGUUCUCCUCAUCGGACCUCUUCUAUGAUUCAAACUGUGGGAGUUCUAUUUGUACAGUCCUUUUAUUUGCCAAGACUGUUCCAGUGGGAUUACUGGGCCCUAGUUGUAAAUGUUCACCAUGCAUUGCAUACCAUUACCUACCAGCCCAUUUUAAAAACCUAAGUGUGACAAAAGCCCGAUAUAUACGAGUAAAUAUUUUAGAAACCAGAUCAUUUAGGACAAGCUGAACAUGGGAAUGGAUUUAAUAUAUAAAGUGUAUUUUUUUAAAGGCUAUGGAUAUAAAAGGUUUAUAUAAACAGUAUAUCAAUAUCUAGAUCACAAACUUGGUUUUGUUGCUGUAGAUCAUUUAAAACUGCCCUUGUUUAAGCAGAAAGAUGUAUUUUCUCAUUAUUAUUGGCCUUGUCUUUCACUAGAUUUACAAUUGGACUCAAUAUUUCCAUGUAUAUUCUUUUAUUAUUUAGUAUUUGAAUAGUUUUUCUGGUGUUUUUGUUGAUUGUGUUAGGGAUGUUGAACUCUGUUAAGUGUUCCAUGUAAGCUUUCUCUCAGUAGAGUAUUGAGUGAAGUUGAUGAAGUUAACUAGGGUUAUUUGGAGGGGCCUUCAGCAAUGGUAGGACCCAGAGCCAUAAUGGGUAUCCUCUCUGACAUUUAACUCAGCCAGAGCUGCCUAUGUAAUCUGGCUGUACAUUCACACCUAAACACCCACUCAAACACUGUAAUCCUUCCCACAGACAUACAGCCAUAGACUGGAACACUGUUUCUCUUUGAUUGAUCCAAAGAGGGCUUUAAAAAACAAGCAACCGUUUAGUACAACUUUUGAUUUGAUUCUUUGAAAUCGUAUUUCGCAGAGAAUUAGAGGAUGCCUGUAUGUUUUGAAGGAUUUGUGAUAAAGGAUCAGACAUCCAUGUUUAGAUCCAGGUGUGGCUCACUGAGGGACCCAACAACUUCGUUGACCUUACCUUUUCAUUUCCAUCCAUCCAUUUCAGAUUGUCCAUCAGAGUUCACAGAUCUGUUCUUUCAAAACCUCUCUAACUCCUGUUGUUGAUCUCCAUCUGUACAAUCAGUUGACUUUCUUUGCUUGUUUAUAAACUACAAUGCUAGGGAACCUGUUGGUCCUACUGUAGGGUACCAUAGACCAUACUUUGUAUCAAACUUCACUAAGGACUGCCAUAUGUAUUUCUGUUCCAAUCAAAAGAGCACACAAACAAAGUUGUCAAAUGCUGUUUGUUUUCUUGCACUGUGUUCAGGAGUGCAAAGAGUCUUGUGCAGUAUUGAUAUACGGUGUGUUGUCAUCACAGAACACAAACCAACUAAUCAGUCAAUCAUCACACUGCGAGUUUUGUUUUUUGUUCAAUUGAUUUUCUCAUUGAAAAAUCACCUAGUAUUCUUUUCACUUCAUUAUGUUUAAUACAAAGAGUUUGUUGACUUGUGAUGAUUUUGUGCCUCCAUUCAUUCUUUUAGACAUUUUAAUGUUUUUACAUGAAAGGUUCUCUGCACAUGUGUUGUUCUAUUAUUGACAUGGUUUUCAUUGUCUUUCAUUUGUUUAAGUCUAUUGUAGUCACUAUCAUGACUUUAAAUGAAUGCCAAUGUUUUACAUUUCCUCAAAUGCUUCUGAUAUGGUACAUGUGUAACGUCUGAAGAAUGAAAUAAAGCAUGUUUAUUCAUCUAA